GUCUAUAUACUGGUCGAGACAUAAUUGAAUUGGUAUUAGAAUGAGUGACCUUGACAUCAAAGAAGACCUGGAAGACCUGGACUUGAGCGAUGACUCGGACUACACGAGCUUUGACGAAGACGAUGUUGAAGAAGGGGGAAGUGGAGGCGCACAGGCCACUGGUAAUAACGUCACGCAUAACCAGAUAAAGGAUAAACAACAGAUUCUAAGCAGAUUCUCCGAUAAGAUCAAGACAGAUGAGCUGAACUUCAAACAGAAACAGCUGUCGAAGGACAAAUCUGACCGAGCUACCGUGGAGAACGUGCUGGACCCAAGAACCAUAAGGUUUAUCUGCUCGUUGAUGAAGAAAGGGACGAUUACAAAGAUCAACGGUUGUUUGAGCACAGGUAAGGAGGCCAACGUGUACCACGCAGAGGAUGAGGUCAAUGGCAAAGAGUAUGCUGUGAAGGUUUACAAGACCUCCAUUUUGGUUUUCAAAGAUAGAGAGAGGUAUGUCGAUGGUGAGUUCAGAUUCAGAAACUCCAGAUCUCAACAUAACCCCAGAAAGAUGAUUAAAGUAUGGGCCGAGAAAGAGUUCAGAAACUUGAAAAGAUUGCACAACUCUGGAUUGAACGCACCAGAACCUAUUGCAUUGAAGAGCCAUGUUCUAGUAAUGGAGUUCCUCACAAGAGGUGAUGGGUUCCCUUCUCCAAAGCUCAGAGACCACCCAUUCCAAGAUUUAGAUGAAGUCACACAUUAUUAUCAUGAGAUGGUGUAUGCGAUAAGGUAUAUGUUCCAAAAGUGUCGCCUCGUCCAUGCUGAUUUGUCAGAGUACAACUCAAUUGUUCACCAAGGUGAACUGUAUAUCUUUGAUGUUUCACAGAGUGUUGAACCAGAGCAUCCCAUGAGUUUGGAUUUCCUCAGAAUGGAUGUCAAGAAUAUAAACGACUUCUUUAUGAGACAAGGAAUUGACGUUAUACCGGAAAGACUUAUCUUCAAAUUUGUUAUUUCAGAUUCAAAAUUGUUGGGUUUUGAAACAGACUCGAAGGAAGAGUGGCUUGAAUAUAUACAAAAGAUGCCAUUAAAAUCUAACGAUCCUCGGGAGAUUGAAAAUGAUGAAAUAUUCAGAUCUUUACAUUUGGUUAGAUCUCUGAACCAUCUGGAAGAGAGGGACUUCCAAAAAUUUACGGAAGGUAAGAUUGAUACCAUGAAGCAACUUGUUAGUGGUGGAAACAAUUCUGCUGCUCGCGAAGAGGAUGAGGACGAAGAAGGCGAGGUUGAUGAAGAUGAAUCCGAGGAAUCUGAUAGUGACUAUGACUCUGAUGAGAGUGAGUACGAUUCUGAAGAUGAAGAAGGAGUUGUCAAGGAGAAGAGAAAGAAGGAAAAGCCAUUGGUUGGUAAAAAACACGAGGAUAAAGAAGACAAGAAACUGAGAAAACAACAAGCUAAAGAGGAUGCUCGGGAAAGAAGAAAGACCAAAGUUAAGAAACACGUAAAGAAGAAACUACUCAAGAAACG